AUGAAAAUGUUCGCUAAGAUCAAUGAAAACAUUUGCAACAUGACUGCCAUUAUAUUUGAAAAUGAGCCCUUGAUGAAAUCUUUGCAGCAGGCUAUAUUUGAUAUGAUGUUAACCGACCCUGCUGUGGGUGGUGGUGUGCUACUAGGACACAAGCUUGGCCUCCCUCUUGUGUUCAAUGUUCGUUGGACUAUUCAUGGAGAAGGCCAUUUUGUCAUUGCUCCUUCCCCUCUGUCUUAUGUACCUUCUCUUGGAGCAGAGCUAACAGAUAAAAUGACUUUUAUCCAACGAGUUAGAAAUGUAUUGAAUUACUUCACCGUUUCCUAUCAACAAUCAACCUAUUUUGGCCAACCUUUCAAGGCUUUUUGUCAGAAAUACUUUGGACCUGAUGUGGAUUAUUUUUCCCUUCUUCAGAACGCAGAUAUCUGGCUCAUGAGAAAUGACUUUACUUUUGAAUUUCCACGACCCACAAUGCCAAAUGUGGUCUAUAUGGGUGGCUUCCAGUGCAAGCCUUCCAAUCCACUUCCUGAUGAUCUAGAAAAGUUUGUCCAGAGUUCAGGGAAACAUGGGCUCAUCAUAAUGUCUUUGGGCUCUCUUUUUGGAGAACUUCAAGGUGACGUUACAGAUGAGAUAGCAGCUGCCUUUGCCCAACUGCCUCACAAAGUCAUUUGGAGACACACUGGACCUCAACCUUCUACCCUUGGCAACAACACGUUACUAGUGGACUGGAUGCCUCAGAAUGACCUACUUGGACACACCAAGACUAAGGUCUUUGUAGCCCAUGGAGGAACCAAUGGUAUUCAGGAGGCUAUUUAUCAUGGCAUUCCCAUUUUAGGUCUACCUCUAGCAUUUGAUCAGCCCGAUAACCUGUUAAGGAUGAGAGAAAAGGGAACAGCUAAAGUCCUGGAUAUUUCUGAACUGGACAGAUCAGUAUUUUUAGAGGCAUUGAAGGAAGUGCUAUAUAACACAUCUUACAGGGAGAACAUGCAGAAGUUGUCUCAGCUGCAUCGUGAUCAGCCCAUAGAGCCUCUUGAUCAUGCAGUCUUCUGGAUUGAAUAUGUUAUAAGGAAUGGAGGUGCUCCUCACUUGCGCACGCAAUCUUUCAGGAUGUCCUGGAUUACCUAUCACUCUGUGGAUGUCAUGCUCACUUUGCUGGGGGCUUUGUUAAUUAGUGGCUGGUUAACAUUUUUCGUGCUGAGAUAUCUUUGUUUUAGAGUAAUCUUUAAAACAAAACUCAAACUAGAAUGAUAUUUUUGCUCAUCAUUUGUAGACAGCAGGUGAAGGUGUAAUUAUGUACCUAUGUGUAGUUUAUAAGUAGUAUGAACCAUCUCAGUCUUAAACUCUUUUUAGAUCUAGAUUA